UGAACUAAUCACCACAGCUCCUCUGGUUUGAGACCGGGAGGGUAUCUGUCUCUUUUCUCUCUCUUUCUGUCUCAACCAUUUCCCCCUUCACCCAGGACCCCUUUCUCUGUUACACCUCUUAUCAAGGACCUCUUAACUGCUUUGAUCAGCCAACUUCCUGCGGGAGUGCUGGAAAAGCCACCAAGAGGAAUUUGCCAGGAGGAUAAUGACCAAAAGUCCAGCUUGCAGUCACUUUAUAUAAUUUUUUCUCUCCAAAAGAAAAAACUCAUUGGAACACAACAACUUCAGCUCAGGGUGUCCCCUUCUUAUGAAGAUGAGGAGACAUCGGUUGUUACCGCUCUGUGCCCUCCUGGGUGUCCUGUUUGCAGGACUCCUCCCAAAACUUGAUGCUCAGGAAGAUUGCGCACAUGGGUUGCCAGCUGAUAUAUACUUUCUAGUGGAUUCAUCAUGGAGUAUCGGAAAGGAGAACUAUGAGCAUGUCAGACAUUUUUUGUACAGCUUGAUUGAAUCGAUGCACCAGGUUGGAGGGGACAGGUUUAAAUUUGCCCUUGUGCAGUACAAUACAAGGCCUGAGACUGAGUUCCAGCUCAACAGCUAUGCAACAACACAGGAAGUCCUGGCACACGUCAAGGCCAUGUCCUAUCGUGGUGGGGGCACCCGGACUGGCCUGGGUCUGGAAUUCCUGAUACGUACCCACUUGAGCACUGCAGCAGGCAGCCGUGCUGCUGAAGGAGUGGCGCAGGUCGUGGUGGUGUUAACAGAUGGGCGAUCCCAGGAUGACGUGUCCGAGCCAGCUCAGGUGCUGCAGCUGGCAGGCGUGGAUGUGUUUGCAGUUGGAGUUCAGGAUGCAGUGGAAUCGGAGCUCAGGGAGAUGGCUAGUCAACCACAUGACAUUCACGUGUUCAGUGUAGACUCUUUUCUCUCCUUGCGGAAAAUAAUCCAAGAUUUAGUAGUGGGGCUUUGCGGCGCAGUGACCCGGUCAUGGGGGGCUCCUGUGGCAAAUGAGGCCCCUAUGGCUGGAGGAGGGACAGCACAAGAUUCAGCUGACCUAGUAUUCUUAAUUGAUGGAUCACAGAAUGUUGGAGCAGCAAACUUCCCCUUUGUGCGUGAUUUGGUUUUGAGAAUCAUUGAGAACCUUGAUGUGGGCAGGGACACUGUUCGUGUUGCCUUGGCCUUUUACGACUCCUCUCCAGAGAUAAAGUUCUAUCUAAAUAGCUAUGACAGCAAAUCGUCAGUCCUGGAAGCUGUGAAGGGACUCACCUACUCAGGGGGCGACGAGUCUAACCUGGGGGCCGCCCUGGAGGAAGUGGCCACUAGCCUUUUGAGCCAGACAGCCGGGGGAAGGGCAGAUGAGGGUGUGCCCCAGAUGCUGUUGGUUAUCAGUGCUGGGCCUACCACUGAUGAUACUGGUGCUGGUGACCGGGCCCUUAAGAGGGCUGGUGUUAUCACAUUUGGCCUGGUGAUUGGUGACACUGCCACUGAAGAUCUUGAAGCAGUUGCUACAGACAAAGGUUUUGUCAUGUCAGCCCUUGAUUUCAGAGCAGUGGCAGACAUGGGUGAACAGCUGCUCCCAUACAUUAAAGGAGUGGUCCAGCGCACCAUAAUUGUUAACACUGAGUUCACAGAAGUCUUGGCAGUUGGAAAGCGAGACAUCAUUUUCCUGAUUGAUAGUACAAUGGGUGCAACUCUCAUCAACUCCAUACGUGAAUUCAUCAAAAAGUUUGUUGACACCAUGCCUAUUGGUCCAGAUGAAGUACAAGUGGGUAUAGCCCAAUUCAGCAGUUCCCCCCGACUUGAGAUGGAUCUCAAUACCUAUAGAUCCAGGGAAGACUUGGCUGCUGCACUAGGCUCUAUCAAACCAAGACCCGGACAGACAGUCAAUAUUGGAGCAGCCUUGGACUUUGUACGGACAAAUAUGCUACGGCCUGAUAAGGGAAGUCGUCUUCAGCAGGGGGUACCCCAGGUUUUACUGUUGUUGACCAGUAAAAAAUCCAGUGACAGUGUGAUAGAACCUGCUAGGGCUCUGCAACAAAUGGGUGUAUUAACUAUGGCUGCGGGCUCCAAAUCAGCUGAUGAGCAGGAGCUAAAACAGAUUGCCUUUGCGGACAGUGUUGUGUUCGUUCUGAGGGACUUCCGUGGAAUGACUCGCAAUCCACAGCAAAUUGUUAAUGCACUUUCCACUCUAGCUGGUGUCGUGGUUACUGAAAUACCUACUGAACCAGUGGUGGAGAUAACUACAGUGGAGACCCAAAAAGUGGUCCGAGACUUUGUCUUCCUUGUCGAUGGCUCAAACUACAUUGGCAGUGCUAACUGGCCCUAUGUGAGAGACUUCAUCAUCAACGUGGUCAACCAGCUAGAUGUACGUCCUGAGAGGGUCCAGAUUGGUCUUGUACAGUUUGCUCAAGAUCCAAGAAUUGAAUUUUAUUUGAACAGCUACAACAAUAGGCAAGAUGUUGUGAACAAAAUCUCUCAACUCAGGCUGACUGGAGGCUCAGUUCUGAAUACAGGAGCAGCCAUGAGACAUACCCUUUCCAAAAUGUUCCAGCAAUCAACAGGGUCACGUAGAAGGCAGGGAGUCCAGCAGGUGUUGGUUCUAAUCACAGGGGGUCCUCCCCAAGAUGAGAUUAAAAGUGUAGCUGAUCAGUUGGCUCUGGGUGGCGUUUUGACCUUUACAGUCAGCUCUGGGCAAGCAGAUAGCGAACUUCUGAAAACGGUUGCCUUUGUUCCAGAUUUGGCUUUCCAUGAAAGCAGCUUCUCUCAAAUACCAGCUAUGGCUGAAAUUAUCAUGCCAAAAUUAAUAACAGUGGUUGGCGAUACAGAUAUAUCAUACAUCCCAGAGGAAAUUGAAGAAACUGUUGUUUCAGGAAAUGAGAGGGAUGUUGCCUUCCUCAUAGAUGGAACAGACAGUGUUCGAGCAUAUUUUCCCUAUGUCCGGGAUUUUAUCACCAAAGUAAUUGAACCACUUGACAUUGGGAUCGACAAAGUGCGGGUUGCAGUGGUUCAACACAGUGAGAGGCCAGAACCAAAUUUCUACCUUAACACUUUUAAAACCAAAGAUGAGGUGAUGAGAGCUGUCAAUGCAAUGACACCUGCUGGGGGACGUAGUCUAAACACAGGAUCUGCUCUAAGAUUCAUGAAGGACACAAUCUUGGCUGGACAGCGUGGUAGCCGGGCUGCAGAAAAUGUCCCACAAUAUCUGAUUGUUUUGACUGGAGGCAGAUCCAGAGAUAGUGUGAAGGAACCUGCUGGUGCACUAAAGACAGGUGGAGUCGUACCAUUUGGUGUUGGUGUCAGGGAUGCAGACCCAAGACAGAUUGAGGCCAUUUCACACAACCCUUCCUUUGCCUUCAAUGUGAAAGAAUUCAGUGAGCUUAACACUGUACCACAAAAGCUCAAUACCUAUGUGAGUCUUCCAAAGGAACAGCUAUCUAUUGUGCUAAAGCAAGCUGAGUCACAAGGCCCCCGCAAGGAUAUUGUUUUCAUUGUUGAUGGAUCUGAUGGUGUUGGACGGGAAUUUCCUAUCAUUCAAGAAUUCAUCCGCAGGAUUGUGGAGAGUCUCAAUGUUGGCGAGAAUAAAAUCCGAAUUGGUGUGGUGCAGUAUGGUGACUAUGCUCAGGCUGACAUGUAUCUGAAUUCACAUACAACCAAAGAAGACGUUUUGAAUGCAGUAAGAGCAAUAAGGCAGCGAGGAGGGAGACAACGUAACCUGGGUCAGGCCUUGCAGUUUGCUAGUCAGGAUGUUCUUACAGCAGCACGUGGAAGCAGGAAGCAAGAAGGUGUACCACAGUUUGCGAUUGUUGUCUCCAGUGGGUCUUCUACAGAUGACAUCAGUCGUGCAGCAUCAUCCCUCAAACAAUCUAGAGUUCUUCCCUUCAGCAUUGGGACCAGGGAUGUUGACCCUAGAGAGCUGCAAGUGGUCUCGUAUGUACCUAACUUUGCUUAUACCGUAGAUGAUAUCCCUGGCCUGUCCACAGUCCAAGAAAACUUAAUCACCACACUCACUGAAAUGUCAGAUGAGGACAUUGCCAGGAUGCGUCCAGAAUUCUCAACCUAUGAAGUAAUAACACCAGCACCCACGGGAGGAGAAAGGAGGGAUGUUGUUUUUCUAAUUGAUGGCACAACGGCAGUACGUAGUGAGUUCCCUUCCAUCCGUGAAAUGAUCAGAAGAGUCGUCGAGAAGCUUGAUGUUGGACUGGACAAGGUCCGAGUUUCAGUGGUGCAGUACAGCGACGACCCUAAGUUAGAAUUUCGUCUGAAUGAAUUCUCCACCAAAGAUGAGGUACGCCAGGCUGUAACAAAACUUCGAAGCAAAGGUGGAAACCGCUUAAACACGGGUCGUGCUCUUGAGUGGGUCUCCAGAAACAUCUUCCAGAGGUCUGCAGGAAGCCGUAUUGAAGAGGGUGUACCUCAGUUCCUCAUUCUAGUUACUGGUGGCAAGUCUACAGAUGAUGUUUACGCUCCAGCUGACCAGCUUAAGAGAAACCAGAUAGCACCUCUGGCCAUUGGGUCAAGGAAUGCAGACCCUGAUGAACUGAAACAGAUUUCCCUGAAGCCUGAACUUGUAUAUACAGUUGACAGCUUCCAGCAGCUUCCAAGAGUGGAGUCACAGCUCAUCGACUCUGUUAAAACAAUAUCCACUGCUGAUAUUGUCAGUAGCUAUGUUCCUGUUGUGGAUGAAUCCCUUAAUCUUGGAAGAAAGGACAUAAUCUUCCUCAUCGAUGGCUCAGACACUACAGGUGCUUCUGGCAUUGCUCAUAUCCGUGACUUCAUUCUCAACAUUGUCCGUCAGCUUGAUGUACAACCUGAUCAAGUGCGUGUGGCUGUUGUCCAGUACGCAGACAAAGUGAAAACAGAGUUCUCACUCAACUCACACAACAACAAGCAAUCUGUGAUCUCUGCUAUCAAAAGGCUUCGUCAGAUGGGUGGUCGAUCAUCAGACUUGGCUGAUGCCAUAAACUAUGUAACACAGAAUGAGUUAAUACCGCCUGCUGGUGUUCGUUUGGCUGAGGCCUCCCAGCAUCUUGUGGUUCUCACAGGUGGACGUUCCCCGCAAGAUGUUUCCCUCUAUGGACCACUCCUGAAGGGCUCCAGGGUAAACUGCAUCGGCGUUGGAGCGGGUCCUGGCGCUGACACAAGGCAACUAGCCCAAAUUACCAGCACACCAGAGGAUGUUCUUCAGGUUCCUUCUUUCCCUGGUCUGCCAGGAAUUCAGGAAAGGUUUAUUGCCAGGUUGAGUGGUACUCUCCCAGAGGAAAUACCCACCAUCAUUGGUGAUCCCAGCCAGCCUUCUAAAAAGGCUGAUAUCGUGUUCUUGGUGGAUGGCUCCAUGAACGUGGGCCGAGAGAACUUCCAAGAAGUGAUGUCAUUUAUCAUCAACUUAAUUGACUUGUUCUUCACUGAAAGAGACAAACUGCAGUUUGGGCUGGCACAUUACACAACAGACGUGACAGAUGUGUUCUACCUCAAUGACUACAAGAACAAGGAUGACAUUGUAAGUGCCAUUGGACGAGCAGAGUAUAAAGGCGGACGCACAAUAAACACCGGUGCAGCCAUUCGCCAUGUUCAAAAUGUUCACUUUACCAAAGAAAAAGGCAGUCGGGUGGAUGAAGGCACUCCUCAGAUUCUGAUGCUUAUUACUGGAGGAGACUCAGCUGAUGACAGUAAAACAGCAGCCCUUGGUCUAAAGAAAAAGGGUGUGAGAGUCUUUGCUGUAGGAGUAGGCGCUACUGAGAAUGAGCUAGAAAACAUAGCAAGUGAGUCUUCCACUGUGGCUAGAGCGAGCAAAUUCACCGAACUUUCAGAGCUCAAUGAGCAAAUAUUGGAGACACUGGAUGAUGAAGUGAAAGGGAAAGGGCUGUGUGUCGGUGUGCAAGACAUUCCUACAACCUGCAGUGUGGAGGUGUUAGUGGGCUUUGAUGUGAAUGCCCAGAACAUCUUCAGUGCUCAGACCAACCUCCAGAGCAAGAUGGGUGCCAUUCUACAGAGGAUUUCCAAAAUGGCAGCAAUCAGUUGCUCAUCUGGGCAGAUUCCCUCCGUGCAAGUGGGCAUGCUGGCCGUGGACUCUGGCUCUGAGCCUGUCCAGCUUGACUUCACAACCAACGCUGAUGAGCUCUUUGAGGCCUUUAGAGCACUACGCAGUCGUGGUCCCUUUGUCCUCAAUGGAAAGACCAUCACAGCUUACACAAAUAGAUUCAAAACCAGACAGGACAAUGCUGUCAAGGUUGUUAUUCAUUUGACCGACGGUCUUGAUGCACCAUAUGCUGAAAUGAAAAGAAGAGUAGAUGAGCUUCGGCAGUCAGGAGUGACCAGUUUCAUUCUGGUUGGACUGGAGCGGGUUCCUAAAUUUGAGGAAGCAUUGAUGUUGGAAUAUGGCCGUGGCUUCAGAUACACCAGACCCUUGCGAGUCAAUAUCAUGGACUUGGACUAUGAGCUUGUGGAAGAGCUAGACAAUAUUGCAGAAAGACAUUGCUGUGGAGUUCCUUGCAAAUGUACUGGCACCAGAGGAGACAGAGGAGCAGUUGGACUUCCAGGGUCUAAGGGAAGCCCAGGAUCACCGGGAAGCCAAGGACAUCCUGGAGAUGAGGGUGGACCAGGAGAGAGAGGUCCCCCUGGUGUCAAUGGAACGCAGGGUUACAAGGGAUGUCCUGGACAGAGAGGUGUCAAGGGUUCUCGUGGAUACUCAGGAGAAAAGGGUGAAUUUGGAGAAAUUGGACUUGAUGGCAUCAAUGGUGAGGAGGGCAAAAGUGGAGUUGCUGGACCAUCAGGAGAGAGAGGAAACCCUGGCAGAAGAGGUCCCAAAGGUGCUAAGGGACAAGCAGGAGACAAAGGGGAAUUGGGAAUUACAGGAGACCCUGGUACGAGUGGAAAAGACAACAACCAAGCAGGACCUAAAGGAGACCCUGGUGAUGCUGGACCAGCGGGAGAACCUGGUGAAGAUGGAAAGAGGGGAGGACCUGGUGAAGCCGGAAGAAGGGGAGCUGAUGGCAGAAGAGGGGCACCUGGACAGCCUGGAAGUGCAGGAAAGCCAGGAGCUGAUGGUGUGCAGGGAGAACCUGGCAUUGGAGGAUCAAGAGGUCCAUCUGGUCCAAAUGGUGCUCCAGGACCCAGAGGAGAAGACGGCAAUCCUGGACCCAGGGGUCCUGGAGGUCAACCAGGUCCCAUCGGAGAAAAGGGCCGGAGGGGAGCUCUUGGUCGUAAGGGAGAGCCAGGAGAUCCAGGAAUUAAGGGUGCCAUUGGACCUCUUGGCCCUCGUGGAGAGCCUGGUGAAGAUGGUAGAGAUGGUUUGGGUGUUGAAGGGCCCAAUGGAAGAAAGGGUGACAUAGGCUUCCCUGGAUUCCCAGGACCCAAGGGAGCAGCUGGUGACUCUGGCAACAAAGGUGGACCUGGACCCAGAGGAAAUCGUGGACAGAGAGGUGUGUCUGGAAACAUUGGUUCACUUGGACAGAAAGGAGAGAUUGGAUAUCCUGGUCCAUAUGGUCAGAAAGGGCCAAGAGGACCAGGUGUUGUGCAAUGUGACCUUGUGAAGAAGAUAAGAGACAACUGUCCUUGCUGUUAUGGUAAUCAAGAAUGCCCAUUGUUCCCCACUGAGCUGGCCUUUGCCUUGGACGCUUCUCAAAAUGUUGACCGUCGAGUUUUCAACAACAUGCGUGACACGGUGCUGCGCCUGAUCAGAAAUAUCACCAUCUCUGAGAGCAACUGCCCAAGAGGCGCCCGUGUUGCUUUGACCCUGUACAACAAUGAAGUUACCACCGAGGUUCGCUUUGCUGAUGCAAUGAAGAAACGUGCUCUCCUGCAGCGCAUCGAGGGACUGCAGACGCUGCAGACAAGUAAAGAGCGGAACUUACCUACAUCCAUGAGCUUUGUGGCCCAGAACACCUUCAAAAGGGUGCGUAGCGGCUUCCUGAUCAGGAAAGUGGCCAUCUUCUUUGUUGGUGGGUCACUCGGUCAGGCACAAGGAAUCACUAAUGCAGCUCUCCGCCUCCAUGAUGCCGGAAUCGCCACUCUGUUCUUGGUCAGUCGUGAGGAGAGAGCACUCAGCAGAGCACUGCAGGUCAAUAACACAGCACUGGCCCAGGUAAUUGUCCUUCCCAGCCCUGGAAGUGCACAAUAUAACUCAGUCAUCCAAAAGGUUUUGAACUGCCAUGUCUGCUUUGACAUCUGUGGUCCUGACCAAAUGUGCGACUAUUUGCCCCCACUGAUCAGUCGAGAUCGGAGGUCUUCCAUCACAGAUGGGGAUAUUGACAUGGCUUUCAUCUUGGACAGCUCUGAGUCCACAUAUCCAACUGUCUUUACUGAGAUUAAACGCUACAUAGCACAGAUAGUAGAACAGGUGGAGGUGUCUUCAGAACCCACAGCAUCGCUUCACCAGGCCCGGGUGUCUGUGAUCCAGCAGGCACCUUACGAGUUUGUCUACAACAAAACUGGCUCUCCCAUCCAUGUGGAUAUCGGCUUGACUGAGCACAACUCGGCUCAGGAUAUUGCCCGAUUCCUGCUGGACAAAACACCGCAGUUAGAGGGUGGCCGGGCACUGGCAGCAGCUAUCGAAUCAACAGUGGAGCUGGUGUUUGACAAGGCACCUCUUCAGCGUAACAGGAAGUUGCUGAUGCUUUUUGUGACAGGACAUGUGGAGGAAGACGAGGAGCAGCUGGUGCGCAUCGCCACUGAGGUCAAGUGCAGAGGCUUCUUCCUGGUCAUCAUGGGUGUGGGAGAGAAGCUGAGUGCUGGAGAUUCUCGUGUCUUGUCGCGCAUGGCCAGUGAGCCCUCAGACGUCUUCUUUAAACGACUGGACAGCAUCUCACAAUUUUAUGACAAACACAUCCAGACUUUCAGCCAGCUGAUGCCAAAGUAUAUCACCAUUGAGAAUGCUUUCUACAUGUCACCUGAAGUCUCCAAAAACUGCAAGUGGUUCCAGAGUGACCAGCCUCUGAAAAACCCCUUUACUUCCCCACAUCAACAGGAGAAACCACAUGAGAAUCACCAAGCAGUCCAUCAUGAGAAUCACCAAGCAGUCCACCCAAGGAAACACAAAGAAGCGGAUGAGCUACACGUCUCCAAUGUCACCUCCAGCAGCUUGAAACUGCGCUGGAGCAGCCCAGAUCCUAAACUCUUUGUCUACUUCGAGGUAGUGGUGACACGGUUAUCCGACCAUAGCCUGGUGCUGAAGACCAACGUCUCUGGCACUGAGCUUUCAGUGGACAACCUACAAAGUGCUCAGACGUAUCAUGCUGUGGUCUCCGCCCACACUGCAGAGGGUCAAAUCGUCUCCACCCGCAAAGGCAUUGUCACUACCAAAACAGCAGAGCACAGGCCAGCCAGUACUGUAAUUACCACACCACUGAGCAGACCUGAAAUUGUUAAUGAGUUUGCAGACCCAUGCUCACUUGACUAUGACGCUGGAAUGCCGUGCAAAGAGUAUCAGGCUAAGUGGUUCUUUGACAGAAAGAACGGGAUCUGUGCUCAGUUCUGGUAUGGAGGUUGUGCCGGCAAUGAGAAUAGGUUCGACACUGAGACACUCUGCUUGAAAAACUGCAUGGGGUCAGUCUCAGAGCCUCAGCCAAACGUGCAGCAGAGUGAACAGGUGGAGAUCCUGCCGGUUCCUGCGGCUUCUACAGCUGUCGACAUUUGCCAGCUUCCCAAAGAGGAGGGUACAUGUGCCAAAUUUGUCCUCAAGUGGCACUAUGAUGCUCCAAGCAAGAGCUGUGCACGUUUCUGGUACGGAGGCUGUGGUGGAAACCAGAAUCGCUUCAACACAUAUGAGGAGUGUGUCAAGGCUUGUGGAAAACCAGCACCCAUCAAACAAGGAGUCAUUGCUGCAAUAAGAACAUAAGACCAAAGUGACCAACAUGGCCAGCUUUUACCUCUGUUUAGGGGAUUCUUAGAAGAACCGUCCAACAUGGCCAUACUUUAAGGAUGUAAAAACCAAAGCAAUGGUGGCUGCACUGGAUCCACAAAAAUGGACUUAAUACCCACAAUUCUUGAAGUAGUCUUUUUCACAGCAAGAUGGAAGGCAACACAUUUUGGUGCAUGAUUUGUUUUUACUGGUGCUACAUAGUAUACAUAGUUUUUUUUUUCUACAGACGGAGUUCAAUGCAAUAAGUUUUGUAAAGUCAAGUCUGGAACAUCAUAUGGGGUUUUCAUUUUUUUUUUUUUUAUAAAUGUAUAUGAAUAUCUUGGACAGAGAUUAGCAAUAAAUCCGUACAUUCAGGACUGGCAUUAUUCACUGCAGUAAUCUUUUUUUUAUUGUGUUUUUUGACAUUCCACAUUCACAUAGCAUCACAUUCAUUGAUUUAUAUUUUUUUCAAAACUCACAUGAUUCCCACUGAAUGAUCCCUUCACUAUUUUUUCACAAAAUGUUCACAGCAGUGUUUACAUAUGUCUUCAAUGGUGGUUUAUGUUUUUAUUUUAAAUGACAGUGACUAACUGCUCAGAUAUAAAAACAAAAAAAAUACUAAUGUAAAGUAAAAAGUGCACUUCUGGACUCAUGUUCCAGCUUUUGAGAAUGGAAUGUACUUGUCAAGCUGUUUUAUUUUUGUUUCAUUUGAAUUGACUGAAAUUUGUGUUUCAUCUGGGUUUUGGGGAAAUAAAAAUGAAUUAGACUUUCUAAUAAACUUGAGCAACUGA